AGGAUAGGAGCUACUCUGAUUUGAAAAGACAAGUUCCUUUUGGUCCCUAAAUUUCAUCUCCAAGUAUUUCAUGCCAUAACAUUUCUAAUUCUAUCCAUCAUGCAACUUUUUAAGUGUGAAUAAUACCAUUUGGAAUCAUUUAGAUAAAACAAUCGUCUAGUUUACUAUUCAAUAAAUAAUUAGCAAGGCAACAUACAUAAGAACAACUAGGCUUAAACGUAACAAGUCUCCACUUGUUUAUAGGUGAGGUGGUUCAACUUGUUCUAAUCCAAAACAAACAAAAAGCUCACCAACUUCAGAGCUAUAUAAGCUCUCUUCUCUACCUCAACCUCAUCUGUGUAGUUCCCAUGGGAGAGGAUUCUCGGGAGUUCGGAGAAAGCACAAUAAUCAACCAAAAAAUGGAAGAAGUUGAAAGAGAAGAAGAACUAGACCCAGAAAGCAAUUCACUGAAUCAGUCACUACUCAAGAGGAACCGCACACUGUCUUCAAAUCCACUUGCUCUAGUUGGAGAAAAAGUUUCCUACAUAGAAAGCUUGGAUUAUGAGAUAAAUGAGAAUGAUCUAUUCAAGCAUGAUUGGAGGAGCAGAUCAAGAGCUCAAGUGUUGCAAUACAUAUUCUUGAAAUGGUCACUAGCAUUCCUUGUUGGACUUCUCACUGGUAUUAUAGCCACUCUCAUCAAUCUUGCUGUUGAGAACAUUGCAGGGUACAAAUUUCUUCUUGUUCUUAAAUUCAUCCGCAAGGUCAGGUACUGGACGGGUUUCCUAUAUUUCACGGGCAUUAAUUUCAUUUUGACAUUUGUUGCUGCUGUUUUGUGUGUGUGUUUUGCACCCACAGCAGCUGGACCUGGAAUUCCUGAAAUAAAAGCUUAUCUUAAUGGUGUUGAUACUCCCAACAUGUUCGGUGCUACAACAUUGAUUGUCAAGAUAGUUGGAAGCAUUGGAGCUGUCUCUGCAGGCCUAGAUUUGGGAAAAGAAGGACCGUUGGUACACAUAGGAAGCUGCAUUGCUUCCUUACUAGGCCAAGGAGGCCCUGACAACUACAGGAUCAAAUGGCGCUGGCUUAGAUAUUUUAACAAUGAUCGUGACCGUCGAGAUCUUAUUACCUGUGGUGCAUCUUCAGGAGUUUGUGCAGCUUUUCGGGCUCCUGUGGGUGGAGUUCUUUUUGCUCUUGAAGAGGUGGCAACCUGGUGGAGAAGUGCUCUUCUAUGGAGAACUUUUUUCAGCACAGCUGUGGUGGUAAUGGUGCUCAGAGCCUUCAUUGAAAUCUGCAAUUCUGGGAAAUGUGGGCUUUUUGGUAAAGGAGGGCUGAUCAUGUUUGAUGUGAGCAAUGUCACUGUGAGGCACCAUGUUAUGGAUAUAGUCCUUGUCGUAGUCAUUGGAAUCAUAGGCGGGGUACUGGGAAGCCUUUACAAUCAUGUUCUAUACAAGGUCCUCAGACUCUACAAUCUCAUCAAUCAGAAAGGAAAAAUACAUAAACUCCUCCUCAGUCUUGCAGUUGCACUUUUCACAUCAGUGUGUCAAUAUGGUCUCCCAUUCUUAGCAAAAUGCACCCCAUGUAAUUCAUCGCUUCCAGAGUCUGUCUGCCCUACCAAUGGACGGUCUGGAAAUUUUAAACAAUUCAACUGCCCACCUGGCUUCUACAAUGAUCUUGCUACUCUGCUUCUUACCACUAAUGAUGAUGCUGUCCGAAACAUAUUCUCAACCAACACCCCUCAUGAAUAUCAACCCUUGUCCCUCCUAAUUUUCUUUGUACUCUAUUGCGUAUUAGGACUAAUUACUUUUGGAAUUGCAGUGCCAUCAGGGCUCUUCCUCCCAAUCAUCCUUAUGGGCUCAGCUUAUGGCCGCCUCCUUGGCAUCUACAUGGGACCUAAUACAAACAUUGACCAAGGGUUGUUUGCAGUACUUGGUGCAGCCUCCCUCAUGGCUGGUUCCAUGAGGAUGACUGUUUCCCUUUGUGUGAUCUUCCUUGAACUCACCAACAAUCUACUCCUACUACCAAUAACAAUGAUUGUUCUCCUAAUAGCCAAAACUGUUGGAGAUACUUUCAACCCAAGCAUCUAUGAGAUGAUACUGCACUUGAAAGGCCUUCCUUUCAUGGAUGCAAAUCCUGAGCCAUGGAUGAGAAAUCUCACUGUAGGUGAGCUUGUUGAUGUAAAGCCAGCAGUGUUUACCCUCCAUGGAGUAGAAAAGGUAGCCAACAUAGUAAAUGUCUUGAAAAAUACUACACAUAAUGGUUUCCCAGUUAUGGAUGAUGGGGUGGUACCACCGGUAGGACAGAUCAGUGUAGCAACAGAACUGCAUGGACUGAUUCUAAGAGCACAUCUCAUCCAGGCACUAAAGAAGAAGUGGUUCUUGAAAGAGAGAAAGAGAACAGAGGACUGGAAAGUGAGAGAGAAAUUUACCUGGAUAGAGCUAGCUGAGAGAGAAGGAAGUAUUGAAGAGGUGGCUGUGACUAGUGAGGAAAUGGAGAUGUUUGUUGAUCUACAUCCUCUUACCAAUACAACUCCCUUUACAGUGCUAGAGAGCAUGUCAGUAGCAAAAGCAAUGAUCCUCUUCAGGCAAGUUGGACUUCGCCAUCUGCUUGUAGUACCCAAGUAUCAAGCUUCCGGGGUAUCCCCUGUAAUUGGGAUCUUGACCAGGCAGGAUCUACUUGCCCACAACAUUCUGACAGUUUUUCCUCACCUGGCAAAAUCAAAGGGCAGAGAAAAGAGGAACUGAAGCUUUCCUAGUCAUUGAAUGGCCAAGCAGCUCUCUAGGGACAAGUUGGUUUCUUAAUUCCAUCAGUUGUUCCUCAGUUUUGUAUUACUUGGAUCAAAAGCAUGGAGAUGAAUAAAAUACAAAAAGCGAUGUCAACUAUAUUCAAAUUUUAAUAUUCCUUC